AUGGCCCCAUCCAGACUCGAAGAUACGGCUGAGGCAAAAGGCACCUCCGAGGCCAAUAUCCCUGUUGGUCUCAAGGCCAUACCCGCUGCAAAAUUAGAUCUUCGCUCAGAUGAGGAGAUUGCGUUAUGGCUUCAAGCUCGACAUCCGAUCAAGUCGGACAAGAACAUUUGGGCAUUCUGGCAUGCGGGUUACCGCCAAAUGCCUCCCUGGGUCCAAAGAAACGUCAUCAAUUGGGUCCGUCGUCUUGGUCAAGAAUGGACAGUACAUCUCCUCGACCGCGUGCCCAACUCUGAAACGAACAUCUACCACUUCGUCGAGGAAUCAUUCUUCCCCGACGCCUUCAACAACAACACAAUGGAUGGCGUCCACGUCGGCCCGCAUCAAGGUGACCUUAUACGCCUUCCAUUGCUAUGGAAAUAUGGAGGCGUCUGGAUGGACGUCGGAUCGUUCUUGUUCCGGCACAUAGACGACAUCUGCUGGAAAGAAAUUGAAGAUCCCAGCUCGCCCUAUGAAAUGGGAGGAUUCGUGAUCGAAAUCCGGCCUGGGGUGGACACCAUGCUCAACGGCUUCAUUGCUGCUAAGCGCAACAAUCCGUUCAUCAAGCGCUGGCAUGACAUCUAUCUGGCGCUUUGGAGAGGGAAGACCAACUCAGACGGCUUCCACAAAUCCCCUCUGCUCAAGCAUCUCCCUCUCCUCUGUCCACCCGUCGACAAGAUGAACUGCCCAGAUCUCGGCGUGAUGAUGGAGAGCUUCACUGAUUAUCUCUCACACUUUAUGGCGUUUGAGCGGCUUCGAAAAAUCAUCGAUCCUUCCGAUGGGUUCAACGGCCCGGAAUACUACGCCAAGCAUAUGUUCCUCGCUCCAGCCCUUCAAGAGACUUUCUACUUUCAACAGGUGACGGGAUGGUCAGGAACACGCCAGUUUGAGCUUCUCACAAGACGGCGCACCGGUAAAGGCGUCGUCAAAGACGAAACAUGGCAUGCAGCCGAGGAUUUUGUCCAAGAUGCGCUUGCCAAUACGAGCACGAUGAAAUUGUCCCACGGGCCGCCGGGAGCUUUGGAUUCCUUCUUGGCCGAUCUCUGGGACUCCAAAGAGCACCAGGACAAGGACAACGUCGAAGGUACUUUUGCGGCCUAUUUGAGAUAUGGAAGCGUGCACUUUGAUCAGACGCGACGGUUGUUGCCUCUGAAGUUCAACGUCACUACCGAGGAGGUAUUGCACAUUGGGGUUCUGGAGCCGAAGAAGGAUUGA